AGGGAAGCGCAGCGGACCAAGCCGCCUCCUCUCCACUCUCCCCACUCCCGCCGAUGCUCUCUUCAGCUUCUCUUCCUCCGCCCCCUGUUCUUCCAUCUCCAUCGGGUGAAGUGCUUUGCUAUGUUUCUCGUUGACCAGCCACACAUGAAUUGAUUCGACCUUGCUGCAGAACGGUUGAUAACUUCAGUGGAAGUACACAGGACUUUAAAGAAAUGAUCUCAUCCAUGAGCUUGCUGGACAGCCAGCUUAUUCACAGGCGGUACAGAAAAUGCUGGCCGAGUAACCCUCAUUCCACACUGAACAUGCAUUCAAUUGCAAAAUGUCUGGGUAAAAGCAUGCGGAUGAAGAUGGCACUUCUCAAGCCCCAUGCAACUGGCUUCAAGAGGAACCCUCAGGCCCACGAGGAAGACAAUGUGUUCUACAAAUUAGUUUAUAGGCUCCCUGAAAGCCUUAGCUGGCUGUUGGCAUCACAAGAAAGGGUUAAGAGACCAACUGCAAAGAAGAAACAGCAAAAAGAAGGAACGGUGGCUAGUAACCGGUUUGGUGUGAUCUUGGAGUGGGAGGGAGUUGUAGUGGAAAAUGAUGAUCCAGAUUUGGAGCCCCGGGUGUGGUAUGUAUUAUCACUGGAGGAGGCGAAGACCUUUCCUCCAGAUGCAAUGCUGAAGGAAAUUGAGGGAAUGAGAGCUGAUCAGGCUAUCUCAGAAGUCUUGAACUGGUCAGAAGAUCCAAAAGAAAUUAAAAGGCUGGCAGCACGUAAGGAGUUGAUAUACCAAAAACUCCGAGGCAGGUUCUACAAGCUGCGACCAGGUGUUCUCGAUUUCUUGAGCACCCUUGUGGAGUUUGACAUUCCAAUAGCAAUCGUGGCUUCUCGCCCAAGAACAAGCCUCGAAGAAGGGAUCAAAGCUGUUGGUCUGCAGGGCUACUUUGAUGCCAUAGUGGCGGCCGAGGACUUCCGCCGAGGGAAACCUGAGUGUGAGAUGUUUGAGGCUGCGGCAGAGCAGCUUAGUCUGGAGCCUGAUGCUUGUCUUGUGAUGGGUAGCUCAAACUUGACGACAGAAUCUGCGCAUGCUGCUGGGAUGAGGUGCGUGGCGGUUGCGAGCCGCCACCCGGCCUAUGAACUUCGUGCAGCGAACCAUGUUGUGAGAUGGCUUGACCAGCUCUCGGUUGUUGAUCUUCAGAGGCUUGCUGAUGGUGAGGUUCUUGGGAGCAGGGGCAGACGAUCUGACAUGGACAUGGAGAUUGUGAUCGAGGAGUGAGGUUUCUGCUGCCACUCUACUGAUAUAUGUAGUACUUCUAAAGUUAUAACUAUGUAGUAACUUCAGUAGUGCAUUACAAUUUUGUGACAGACCAAAUAGUGCAACAGAUCAGGAUGAAGAAGCCCGCGUUCACUUCUUGGUUUCUUGUAAUGCAUAACUGUAACUCAUCUACUUAGCUUAGAUGCUUUUAAUCACCAGAGGAGUUGGAAGCAAAGAAACUUUCCACCUUCUAUUUCUUUUGCAUGUGUAGUAUAUUACAUCUCAUAUUGAUUAUAUCCCUCUAGUUUUUAUAGAGAUUAAUGCUGAGUAUUUCGUA